CUGAAUUUCUGGGAAGGCCUGGUUUCCCAACGGAGCGAUUUCUGGUAGAAGACUGAAGGUCUGAUCCAAGAAAAAAAAUCCAACGUAGCCAAUGAAUUAAGGACAAGAAGGUUUCCAUUCAGUUCCUGCUAUGUGGAUAUUUGUUAGCAAUGACUGAUGUGGAAACUACAUAUGCAGAUUUUAUUGCUUCGGGAAGAACAGGUAGAAGAAAUGCAAUACAUGAUAUCCUGGUUUCCUCUGCAAGUGGUAACAGCAAUGAAUUAGCCUUGAAAUUAGCAGGACUUGAUAUUAACAAGGCAGAAGGUGAAAAGGAUGCACAGCGGAGUUCGACAGAACAGAGUGGGGAAGCUGAGGGGGAAGCAGCCAAACCCCAAAGCUAACAACACCCCGCGUUGAUCUUCCUCGGCCUGACGAUGUCUCAGGUCUCCGGGCCUGGCUGGAAUGCAUUCGUGUCCACGAGGGACAAGGGGAGAAAGGAAAUGGCUGUGCCGCCCGGCAGGAAUCUGCUCGCUGUCCCGUUAGACAUGGCGGCAGAGGCUCUGGCCGCAGACAGACCUUUCUCCACCUCUGUCCUUAGCAAUGGCUGAAGUCACGUGGCUUGUGUCUGGAUGUCACCUUGUACGGAUCCGUGCACUUGACCACAUGACGAAAUGCUUGUAGUCGGUAGCAGCAACCUACGUGAUGAUUCUCCCCGUAGCAUCUGGCCCCUCACAGUGUCAGAGGAUUUAAUUGUGUCUAAUUGCAAAGGGUUGGUUGAUCCCAGAGUUUAAGUAUCUCUGGCCCAAGUAUUCACCCAGUAAGAGAACUACCCAGAAAGCACUGUUUUUAGCAUCUUGUGUCCGUGUGUUCCUGCUGUGUGACUUACACUGUUUUGUAUUGUAUAAUAUAGAUGCUCGACACUGCCCCCUUCUUUGAUUGCUCAUGAAAAACAAAAACAAUGUAUGUUACUGUGAAUUUUUAUACCACUCAUUUUUAUAAGGGCUGCCAUCUUUUCUUCUCCAUAGUGUGGUGGUGUAUACGGGAUAGAGCACACUUCCUUUUUAAAAUUAGUCUUCCCCCUUGAUUCACGGCUGAGGAAUCGACAAAGACUAACAGAUUUAUCAGGACGCCUUUGCUUUUAUGAGGCCAGAAUUUGGAAAUAUCCAUUAAUGUGAAUAUUACCUGAAUUCAAUUUGUUUGGUGUCUGCACAGACCAGAAUUCAAUCUGCAAAUUUUGUUUUAUUCCCAAGUGCAGAACUUUUCCCAACUAAUACUUUUAUUUAUAAUUAUAAGGAUUUUGGAGAAUGAGGAAGGUGGGAAAGAGAAGCCAGGAUAAUACUAACAACUAGAAAUGUUUUAUUCUUAUGGAAUCAACUUUCUCACAAUGCUGUAUGCUACUGUUCAAAUAUUGAAGACAGCUUAUCUCCAGGGAGAUGAGAAAGAUGGAGAAAAUGAUCUCUUUGCAAUUAUGUGGACACCAAUCACAAAAGUAAAGCCCUCGUGUUGUGUUUUUCUUGUCUUUUCUCAGCCCUACCAGAUCCAGAUGUUAUUAUGCACUUUUUAAUGUUUCUAAACUUUUACUAAUAACUAGUGUGAAUUGCAUUCUGAUAUAAUCAUCAUUAUCAUCAUUAGAAGCUAACAAAAUCCUCAUUAAUACUGUUGAUGGCCUCAGCUAUGUUUUGACAUCAUGGUUCUUAUUUAGAAAGUUUCUGCGAGCAGUGUAACCCCUCUGGUCAGUAUUAGGAAGUCAUUUGUCAGUGGUAAUAAAUAAGGACCCAGUAAUAUGCCAUUGGCUCAUGAGUUACUGGACAACAGGGAGACCUUUUAUGACAAAGAGCCCACUUAACUCUCCUCGAGGUCUCAGUACAGUCCCCUAUGAAGAGGGCUAAACAGCAUUUCAACAGGUAACUCUAUGGAUAUACCAGGAACUCAGCCUUCCUUUGUAUUUGCAAGCAGGAUGAGAGGUUAAGCCUGUCCUUACCACGCCGCCCUCACCCCCUAACAGUACUUUUCAAAGGAGAGGGAUAAAGGCAUGGGUAUUGUUUGGUCCUCAAUCAUAGAUUCCUAGAAAAAAUGUUAAUAGUGUGACUCACUCAGAAAAUAGAACAAUGAGCUUCCAGAGGACUUUCUUCUAUCUAAACCAUUAGGGUCCAAAAUGUCCUCUUAAAAUUCAAACAAAUCUACCUGUGAAUGGACUUAAGUGGGAAAGAGGCUAUUUUAGACAGUCAUUGGUAGUCCAUUUAAAACACCCAACCCAUAAAACCUCCUUUUCAAUAUCCUCAUUUACUAUCCUCCUAGUUUUCUUGUGACUCUAGGUUAGGUUCUCUUCACCCCUCAAGUUGUGGGAUUCCACACUGAUUUUGUGUGAUUUUGUAAAGUGUAGGACUAGUGCUGAGUAUUUAUGGAGGGUUGAUAUUCCUAUGUGAUACACUAUGAUUAAUGCAUGUGGUGUCCUGCCUGUCUUUGAAUAUAUAAUAGUGCUAAACCGUGAAGUCAUAUGGAGCUUUUGAAUUAUUUUGACCUCUUACUGCCACUUUGUCUGCCGUAUUCAAACCCAGAGGCAUUCCCAAGAUGAAAGAUAAAAAUCCACUUUCCAAUACAUCUCCUUUACACAUGUUACUCAGCAAAAGUUCACAAUAUCUUCCAGAUUUUAUUAUAAUAUCUUUGAUGUGCAAAUCAAUAAUACACAAGGAACUGCAUUUUUAAGGAGAGAAGGAAAGGGUAGAAAACAAAGGCACUGGUUGAUAAUACACAGUGAAUGCCCAUUAACUAACCAGCAUGCUUCCCAGCACAUAUUCUCCCAUUUAAUCCUCAAACAAUUCAAUUGAAGAGGUAGUGUUAUCACAGAUUAGCAAAAUAAGGGGGAACAAGAUAUAACUUUUCAAAGCUUAAGAGGCUAUAAAUGUUGAGAUUAAGAUCUGCACCUAUCUUUGUCUGUCUAGAAGGAGCUUUCUCCUGCACAGUCAUAAAACAAAGCCAGGCAGGAACGUUUAGAGAUGGGCGAGUUGACCUCCACAUGUUAGAAAAGAAAACCGAGUUCCAGGAAGGGGAAUUGUUUUCCUCAAGGUGACCUAUGUAAUGACAGAGAUGUGUCUACAUCAUGGAAAGUGUACUUUUUAAAGAAAGAAAUUAAAUUAGCAUUUAUUUUUGUGUGUGUUAUACUUUCCAAAAGUUAUUUUUCUGGCAUGUAGUCUAUAAAUUUAGCAUGGGUCACAUAUUUUUUAUGUCCCAUGCUACCCAUUUGGCUUACCUAGAAAUAUGACAAUUUCAGUUUUUUGAUUCAUUUGCAACAAGUGUGAACUUACUAAAUUCAACUUUUAUCGAUUGUGAGCCUCCUAUGCCAGCAUGUAGUUAUCAUAAUUCAUUGACAUAUUUUACCAAUAGAUAACAGGUAUCCUUCGAUUUGGGGGCAAUACCCCAAGGCUGCCCAUGGCAGUGCCCUACCCUCGAGUCUUCCUCAGACCCAGUGGAAAUGCAUUGUUUUAGAGCAGGAAUGACACUGCUAUUUCUCUUCAGAGAAGCAAUAAAAGGUCAAGAAAUGUAACUGCCUGCGGAUAGCAAUGCUUUGUGACACCUGUAGUAAUAGGGAGAAAAUGUAUAGUCAUUGAGUGAAAACAGGAAAGGAUCUAUGAUUUAUGGUGUCUCCAUAGGCCCUCAAUUGUACUUUAAUUACAAGUGGCAGCCUCUGAAGUCAUUUGUGAGCUUGUAUGACUUUUGUAUUUAGCAAUGUUGCAUGCUCACAUAAUUGCUAUUAAAAGUAAUACAUUUUUCUGAAACGUACAGCCUACGAAGAGUAUUUAUUGAAUGCACGCACGCCAGGUGCUUGAGAAAGUGCCGAGGGUGAUAAAGGAGAAACACAAAGCCUCAGCCAUCCUGUGGUGGGCACACCCCCAUUCCAGCCGCACCUUUUCCCGGCCUUUACUGCAAUUAUUUUUUUACUCCAUUCCACCAAGGGAGCCUGCUUCCUGGAUUUAUCAUCUACCAGAGCCAACUCUUACAUCCUAAGCCCCAACAUCACUCCUGUGAUUCUUACUUGCUCAUCUGCAGGCAGUAAUUUAAUAACAGAAGAAAGACGGGUGUUUACCACACUCCCUCCUCCACCAGCUCACAUGUGGAUUCAUUCACUCACAACACUCUCUUCCCUUGAACGCGGUCCUAUGCAACUUUGCUAUCUUUCCUCCCACCCUCACUCCCAGCAACUUGAGAACCAGAGAUCUAGAAGAAGUUCAAGUUUCCCAGAUGCACCUGCCCUGUUCACUCCACCGAAAAGCUUUAAAAUACAGUGCUCACAGACACCCAGGGCCUUACUAUAUUAGAAGUAAAGUCUUGGCAUAGAGGAGCAAAGAGAAUUUAACCUCUUUUAUCUUGCUGUUGCUCUCUUUUCAUCAUUUUCCGCACAUGCAGGCAGUAAAGACUGAGCAGAGACUAAAGUGGGAUGGACUCUGGAGAAAGCCAGCAUCACACAGCACUCAGCCCGAGUCCAGGGGAAGUCUUGAGCCAAACAGGGCAGGUAUAACUGUAGAUCUUUCAGUUCAUCUUACUGAGGGCACAGGAUAAAACACUACAUAGGGCCGUGGGGCAAACUGCAACAGUGCAGCGAGCCUGCACCCCCUCCAGUGUCUCUUCUCUUGUAUAUAUUUUUGCAUCUGUCUGGUCCAGGACAUGGGGAUUUGGGAUCCUGGCCAGCUCUCAUUAUUAAGUCAAAAAGAACAAAACUAUCUGACUACAACUGGUUAACUGUGGACGCAUCCCAUAUCCUGCCUAAGAUUUAAAACCUCACCUGAGGUUUUAAAAUCAUAUUUUCUUUCUGACCUUAGUAGUUCUGUUAAUUAUCCUUUACUCUUCACUGACUUUGCCCUUUUCCACAUAUACUCAAGUUCCCCUCUUUCCUUCACCACUUAUAUUUCUCAAAAUAGUAAUCUAUGCGUUCUGUCUUCAUGCUUCUCCUCCUUAUUUCUUAUCUUUCUGCAUUUUGACUUCCAAUUAAAAUGUUCUCAUUACGAACGACAUCUGCGGUAACGCCCAGACUCUCAGUAAUUGUCAUUGACGCCCUGGCCACUGUGGAAAUGAAAAAGAGAUGAUGGUACAGAGGACUCAAGCUUUACCUAAAAUAAAAUUUAAUGAUUUUAUCAUUUUAAUUGAUAGCUGCGUGACUGGAUAGAGCUAAAUAACAAAGUCUUCUUAAGGAAGGAAUCUACAUGUCCCAAGAAAAAGUCCAUUUGCUCCUCCAAGUUCACAUCUUCCAUCAAAUGUGGAUGUGUCCUUUCCCUUUGCCCACAUUCUCCCCAUGUUAGGUGGCUACAGCCUCAGAUCUUGCGGUGCUCAUCUCUUCAUGGGGCGGUUGCCAUGUGUACAGGCUCUAACCGGGAUGCCGGGCAUCUAAAGAUGGGCCUGUUCUCUCCUGGUGUUUUUGAGUUCUGUGUUCUAUUGAAUUCUGGGAUACCUGCCAGCGAUACAUCACUAGUUCCUCUCAACAGCAGCCACGUACAAGCAAAAACACCCAACUUCCUGGCCCCAGUCUCACUCCAGUUUCUGAAUGAGAUCUAAACAAGCAUAGCAAUCCCAAUGGCUCAAUAUAUUAGAGCGUUUAUAUACGUUUUACUAGCCUACCCUGUGGCAUAUAAUUCUGUUCACUAUGGGACCUUUUUUUGAGAUGCUUCAUUUGCCUUCCUAUUUUUCCCCUUACUCCCCCCCAGAUAAGUUUGUUGUUGUUGUUCCUUUCUUUUGGGCAGUUUCCCACUCUUCUUGACUAGGUCCUCCUUUUCUACCUCCCCACUAGCUACUGUGGUUCCUUCCCUGGGGUUCCAUUCUUAUUUCUAUUCUCCAAUCCCACUCUUCAGAUGACCUCUUCCACUCCAACACCAAUGGUCACCCUAUUUACAUGAUCAAUCCACAUCUUCAUCUCCAACCCAAAGCUCACUUCUGACCAUCUGACCUACUGGAUAGAUCAACAUGGAUUUCCCAAAAUUAUCUUAAUAUUAAACAUUCUGACACUAAAUCCAGUAAACGAUGCCAUUCUUCAUAUGUGUUUCUUCAUAUGCUACAGGGUUCAUAUAACGGCAGCACUGCUUUCCCAGCAACCUCAACUCAACAUUCUGAGUUUUCUUAACUCUUCUUCCUCCACUUUUUCCCCCCAGUCCAUCAAUUCUGUCUUAGCUACUUCUUGAAACAGCCCACUUCUUUUUGUCUACACUUCAAACUUUUAAAUCAUCACUUAGCUAAUAUAAUACAAUAGCCUGCUUGCCAGGGCCUACCUCAUUUGGCACACUUUCUAUCUGUCUUGCAACCAGAUGUAUCUUUCUAAUGCAUAAGUGAUGAUUUCAUUCCUCUAUUUAAAAAAAUCCUUAAGUUUAGCCAGACAAAAUUUUUUAAUAUGUGUCACAUUUUAUAUUUAUGUAACUUUGUGCUCUGUGUUAGCUAUUUUCCUGUUCAUAACAUCUUCAUGCUUAUUGGCAAAUUCUCAUUGAUCCUUUGAGAAUAUGUUUUACCUUUUUCUUUGGAGCCUUUCUGAAUUGCAUUCCCACUCCCAAGCCCCGCCCUAAGAAAUUAGCUGUUCUAUACUCCUUGUUCCCCUAAUAUUUGCUAGAUCACAACUAUUUGUUUACAUGUGUGUUUCUUCAACUUAGAAUAAGCUCUUUGUAUCUUCAUUGUCUAUUAAUACUCAAUAAAUAUUUGUAAAUGAA